AUGGCCAAGUUUAACGUGCAUGAUGUGGCGCUGCCCGACAUCAAGUUGACGCCGGAGCGUGAGGCUGCACUGAUCGCUGAGGUGGAGGCCGUGGUGCACAACACGCUCGAGCUGCGCUCGGCCUACGCUGCCGGCGGCCGCCAGCUCGACACGUCGGCGUGGAAGCUCGUCAAGACCAAGGACGAUGUGCGCGCCUACCGUUCGCGUCGCGCGCUGCAUGGCGUGGAUCCGACCGAAGCGCGCACCGAGUCAUCGGAUGCGCUUUCGUCGUCCUCCUCCUCCGGCUCCAGAUCGACCAUGAACAAACUCUCGAGCAUUGCGUCGUCAACCUCUUCGAACGACAGCGAGCCAUUCCGCUCCAAGAAGACGGCGCGUCCGCCUGCCGUUGUGCUCACGGGAACGGUGGACGGCACAGCCGAAGAUGCCGUGCUGGGUAUGCUGGCCGAUUCGGAGCAGCACUGCAUGAUGCGUCAGUCGUACCUUGGCACGGAGCUCGACGACUCGCGCCUGCUCUUCGUGCUGGCCCGACCGACCCCCGAAAACCCAUUCACGUUCAUCGGUGUCAAGUGGGGACGUCAGACGUACGGCCGCUUCAGCCAGGCCCGUGACUUCCUCUUCUUGGAGGCUACAGGUAUCACCAAGGACGCGCGUGGAGAGAUCGUCAGCUAUGGUCUGCGCCAGUCGACGGACUUGUCGGACGUGCUGACACUGCCGCGCUCGCACGAAGUGCUUCGCGGCCACCUAUCGGUGUGCCAGACUUUCGCCAACAGCGGCAUCCCGGUCGUUGGCACGCGCCACCACUCGGUCGAGAUGUUCUCUCGUGCCUUCUUGCAGCUGGACGGCGACGUGCCUGUGAACGUGGCGGCUACGGCGUUCGCAGACAAGCUCAUGGCGCUCGUGGGCUCGAUGGAGUGCGCAACCGCCUACAAGCUCACAUGGAUGAUGCGGCAGUCCGCUCGCCAGGCUCGCCCCGGUACCAGCGUGCACGGCUCCACGAGCCAUUGCUCCAACUGCACACGCAGUCUUAGCAAAUUCAGCACCUUCCUGCUCCAGCGCGGAGGCACAUGCCAGAUCUGCCGCCGCUCGUUCUGCGGCAAGUGCUCGGUGAACAAGAAGAUCUGCGUGGGGCUGGGGAGCGAGGUGAUACAGAAGAACAUGCUCUUCUGCCUCGAGUGUCUACUGGAGGCCAAGCAAGUCUCGGCGCGCGAAGUGGCUGUGGACCAGCAGAAGUGGUAG